AUGUCGCGUUUCGACUAUGACACUAUAUUUUACAGAGUUUUCUGUGCCACGAUCCUGGGUAUUGCUUUCACAUUUACAGUUAUUUUAACUAAUGUCUUCAUUGAUAUUGAUGGUUUGUUAUCGAAAAAAUAUGAUAAUAGUCCACACUCAUUACCAAAUGCCAUAGAAGAUAACAAGCCGAUUGAAAACAUUAAAAACGAAAUUGAGUAUAAUGAGGAACAGAAUUAUAUGUACGAUACUGAUUCGUACAGAGCUAAACGUUCUAUAGAGCCAAAUGAUUUCGUUUUCCAAGUAAAAAAUCCAAACAUGAAGAAGAUUUUAACAAAUAAACUGGCAACACUGCUCGAAGAAAUGGACGAAGAGGAAACAGCAAAAGGUGCUGUUGUCAAACUCGAUGAAAAGGAAACAAGGCGUAAAGAAGAAUUAGACGAAGCAGGGAGCGAUAAUAUGUUACAUUUGGCAAUGCAUAACAUUUUGUUACAAGGUAUAAUCGGUCACAUGGAUUUAAAUGACGUCUAUAAAAAGGUUCACUUGUUGAUAAGAAACUUUUACGAUACCAAAAAUUCUGAAAAUCCUCAAAAAAAUGAUAAACUAGGAGAAUCUAAAGAUAUAGGAACGAAACAUACAUCCAAUCCAGAAGAGCAAAAAUUUUUCGAAGAACUAUUAAAAUGUAAAUCAUUGCAAAAUCAAUUAGUUGAAGAUACGAAGAAUGAGAGCCAAUAUACCAUUUUAAAACAGAAAGAACCUAAACUCUUCAUAAAAACAGUUAUUGAAAUAAAUGAAAAUAGAAAAAUUAAGAAGGAUAACGAUUCACAAAAUAAAGAUAUAAUUGGACUUAUAAAAUUAAUAUACAACGGCAAAUCUAUUAAAUUUCAAAAAAUGGAUGACGAUGACACGCAGCUCAUGAAGGAAAAAUUACCAAAUGAAAAAUAUAAAACUUCCAGAACUAUUCAUAUGUAUAGCAAUAAUAACGAAGAAAUUCCAGCAAGUAGUACUGUACGAAGUAUAGAUGAUAAUUUCAUGUCCAAUCCUGCAUUUCAUAAAAUGAUCGAGACAUAUUUAAAACAAUAUCCUAUAGGUAAUCCUUCACAAAAAGAUGUCGAUAGAAAAGCAACGGCCAAUCGUUUAAAAAGGCAAAUAAAAAUUCACUAUGUUGAUAAAGCUUCAACGCGUAAACCUAAACCAGCUCAUGAUAAAAUUAAGAAAGACGAUGAAGAACUGUAUAUUGAAAUAGAAACGCAUUUUGAUGGAAAGGGCAGUAAAGGAGAAAAAAAGAAAAAAUUGGUUCGCAACCUCAUUGACAAAAUACAAAAAGCUAUCAACGAAGAUGCUACAAGUGUUCAUGAGAAAAAACCAAGUUUCAAACAUAUCAAAGUUAAAAAAAGAAAUCAAGAUCCCAUCAAGCCCAAACACGACUAUUUCUUUAGCAAAAUAGUACCUUCACUUCUACAUAUUGAUCACAGAGAAGUUGAUCCUAUCGGUAAAAUUUUACCGCCUGUGGAUAAUAUUUUAGACUACCGCGGUAAUAACUGGAAACGUAAGAACUAUGGUCCUGCCUUUUUAACAGCUUCCAAAUCUGUGAAUUCCGCUGAAAUGGGUGAACUUGUUAUUCAUUAUGACAGUAUGUUGAAUGAUGAUAUCCCAAAACGUGUACAAAAACCAAUAACCGUAGAACAAGACAACUUUAAAACCAAUAAUACCAACAAUGUAACGUUUUACUUAAAGGAUAUUGAUGGGUCUGGAUUUUCAGUAGGUUUCAAUCAAUAUGUUGAUGAACCACCAGAUGCUGAUAGUCUUAAACUGUUUAAUGGUUUAGAAAAUCUUAUAAAGGAAUAUCAUAAAAGUUAUGACACUGAAGAUGUUAAUAAUAUGGAUAAAGCUGAUAACUUUGUAGAUGGAGAACAAUAUCCUAAAAGAGAACAGGAAAAUUUCUCGAUCGCUAUAAACAACAACUACAACAAUUAUUUAAACUUGCCAAAAGAAAUAGAUCGGUCAUUGAAUAGACAAAAACGUUCCCUUUCGGUGAAAAAGAUUUCAAACAUCAAAACCAAGGUAAAAUUAAAUAAAUUCCUCAAUACAAAGACGAUGAUGAAAAAGCGAUUGUUCUUGAAUAAUAAAAGAAAUAAGAGAGAAGUUAAUAAAAUAAGAAUAAUAGCUAGGGAACGUUCAUCUCGGCCCGAGAAAGGAACAACCGAUAAUUUAUUUUUAGUACCUCCAGAAAAUACAGAUUUCAGUAGAAAAUCUGCUAUAAAAGACACUGAACUGCCUGACACUAUGGUAGAUGAAAGUGAUAUGCAAAAUGGUGAUCUAUUACCCUUGACAGAUUUCUUAGAUAUGAACUAUCCCAAUCAACCCGUUUCACCUCUUGAAGAUGGCCGUAAUUUACAGCAAGCUGUGCUUAUGUCAAAAUACCCACACAUAUUUUUCGAAGAGGUUCCUAAAUCUACAGAAUUUUAUUCCGAAGAAAAACCACAAGUGCAACCUUACAGAAUACAAGCAAGAACACGAAAUAACAAACAAACGAAAGUUGAAUCUAAUGCAAUGGAAUCCCUACCAGUUCUAUCUAAUGUUCGCAUCCCUGGCGUUGAAGAUAUAGUCAAUGCGAUUCUGCCACACUCUAAAUCAAACUUCAAGGUGACCGUUAAAAUUUCUCCCAAAAAUUUUACAAAUGACUUACAUUCAGGGUUUAAAGAAAUACACACGAGUGUUAACAAAAGCUAUGAUAAAAACGGGGUACGAUAUUUUUCAACGCUUAAUGUAUCACAAAUAUCAAAAAUAGAGAAUCUCAAUGAAAGUACAGAUGUUAAACAUGUAACUAACACAAGUAGAAAAUUUAUACCUGAGACAGUAAUAAAUAACGAAGCAAAAGAAAGAGAGAAUCAAGUAAAACUACUCUUUGAAUUGCACAAGAAAAGAAUUGAUGAGCAAAUGGACAAUUUACAAAGGGAAAGAAUGUAUUUGGAAAACUUACUAGACAACAAAAAUGCAUUAAUCCAGAACCCUUUUUUAGAUAUCACAGAUAAUAUUUACAGACAAAAUAAUUAUGUAACUGAAAUUAGCGAUAAAACAGUACCUACAACAACUUCUGUUACCCCAACAACAUCAAAAACUACAACCAGACCUCCAUUAACUACAACACGCGCUAAAACGACACCAAAACCUGUUAAUGACCAAGAAAAGGAAUUCCUCAUAGCAACUAUAAAACACCACAAUAAUACCACGAAUGAGAUAUUAAGAAAAAUAAACGAAAACACAAAUUUAUUAAGAAUAUUUCUAAACAAAUUGUCAAAUCACCUAGAAUAUAACGAGCAAACUUCGGAAAAACCAAAAGAAGCAAUGGAUUGGAAGAACUUCACGCCGAACAAGCAGCUCUUUCGUAAACUAUCAGAAUUCCACAACAGCACCCAUAAUAUUCCCUAUAUUUAUACCUUCUCCCAACCAAUUGAGACAAAUCCUUCAAUAAACACAUUUGUCUUCGUUCUGUUGCUGUUUGAGCCUCAAACUAUCUUCUCACAUGCGAUCGCUAAGCCAGAGAUAUCCAAUGAUACAGAUGUGUUUGAAGUUAAGCCUCUGCCAGAUAAUGGGUUACAGCUCAUAGAUAACAAUCCAAAGGAACCAUCUCUGUUUGAGAUUAUUUAUUACCAUAUAAUAAGGAAGCCAUUUGGAGAGGUUGCACCCAAUAAUGAUACACCAAAACGUCUUGAUUUCGAUCAAUCCGUCAGACCGUUUACUAAUGGACAGGGCUAUCAAUUCGUGGAAUGGAAACCAGAAGAGAUACACCCUGUAGAGGCAGUACAAGAUGUAACGAAAAAACCUGAAGACAAAGACACAGACGAAAAAAGCGACGAAGACGACAAGAAAACGUCAUUAGAAAAUGACUCAGUAGAAAAGCCUGCAAGUGCUGAAGAUGGAAAAAAAUCUGAUAAAGACGAUGGAGACAAGAAAGAUGACAAAUCUGAUUACAAUGAUGAGGACCAAUCUGCCCACGAUAGAAGAAAGAGAGAAAUAAAUGACGAGAAUAUUCCAUCAGCGCCAACCCUGCCCGAUCUUAAUUUAAAUGAAUUGCCAAGCGACGUACGAAAAAUAUAUGAAAACUCCCCGGCAAAUGAACAAGACAGUGAUUCCACUGAAAAAGUGAAUAAACCAAAAUCGUUACCUGCUGAAGAAAAGAAAAAUCAUGAAAGGGACAGUUCAUCAGAUGAAAAUUCUGAUGAGAGUAGUAAAAAACCAAAUAAAGAAUCCAAAUCUCCACAGAAAGGCAAAUCGACUACCGAAAAUAAUAAAGGCGAAGCAGACAAUAGUUCAUCAGAUGAAAAUUCUGCAGAAGCUAAUGAACAACCAACUAAAAACUCAAAACCUUACAGAAAAUUAAACCCGGCCGAUAAUAAGGAAACAAAAAAGAAACCAAAACGUGAAAAAAAGGCCGAUAUCAAAGAAAAACCAAGAUCCGAAAAGAAGAAAGAUAAAACAGAAAAACCUGAAUCUGAUAGUGAACCAAGUAAGCAGACAAAUGCCAAAUCUGAAGCUGGCAAGAAAAAACCUGUAGUACCUAAAGAAAAGCCGAACCGUAAGAAACCUAGGGAACAUAAAGAAUCGAAAUCAGCUACAGAAAAGAAACCUUCAAAAGCUAAAGAAUCGAAAGCUUCAAAGAAGGAACCUUCGAAAUCUGAUGAAGAAAAAAAAACUCCGAAACCUAAGCCGAAAGAAUAUAGAAACCCAGCCACAAAUUCCAACAAACCAUACAACAAAAAACAUACGCCAGAAUCGUCUACAGAAACAACAACCAGUAACAGUUCUGAUGAUGCCACAUUAACAACCACAGAUUGCGGUUGUGAAGAUACCACACCCAAUUCUACACCCACAGAGGAACAAGAAACUACAACCGUUGUUAAUCAAACGAGUUAG